UCUCGUACCUUCCAGCAGGAAAUCUCGUACCUUCCAGCGGAGCUUGAGCUCUUCUCGCCGCACCGCUCAACUUGUCACCAAAGAUGGCGAUUUGCUGAGUGCUCAUGGAUACACACAUUUCUUGGCUUGUCGUUGUCUCAACAGAAAACGCCAACUUUAGCAACACACUUAGUGCUUAGCGAGCGACUAUUCCUCCGCUUGAAGCACCUCAGCCUCCGCCACCAUGCAGAUCACGCUUAAAACGCUGCAGCAGCAGACUAUUCAGAUCGAGAUAGACCCCGAGCAGACGGUGAAGGCCUUAAAAGAGAAGAUAGAAGCAGAAAGAGGGAAAGACAACUUCCCUGUGUCCGGGCAGAAGCUGAUAUAUGCUGGAAAAAUCCUGCAGGAUGACACGCCCAUUAAAGAUUACAACAUUGAUGAGAAGAAUUUUGUGGUGGUGAUGGUUUCAAAGGCUAAACCCGCAGCUGCCGCCUCGACCCCGGCCUCGGAAGCCCCCAAGCCCCCUGUACAGGACUCUGGCUCCACGUCAACAGCUGUCCCGGCCACAACCACAGCUUCAGCCCCGACCCCGGCAGCUGUCCCCGUUCCCUCUGAGGAGGCCAAAGAAGAGCCAAGUGCCGCAGCCACAGAACCACCACCACAACAACCAGCCAGCUCCAGCGGUGGGGGUCAGGGCUUGGAUGCCUCCUCAGCACUGGUGACUGGAGCAGAGUACGAGGCCAUGCUCACAGAGAUCAUGUCGAUGGGCUAUGAAAGGGAGAGAGUGGUGGCCGCGCUACGGGCCAGUUUCAACAACCCCCAUAGAGCUGUGGAGUACCUUCUCACUGGUAUCCCCAGCAGCCCAGUCCAGGAGAGUAAUCCCCCAGCACAGGCCCCUGCGUCUGGACCCACAGAAGCCCCGUCUCUAGCAGAGGGAGAGAACCCACUUGCAUUCCUGCGGACCCAGCCCCAGUUUCUGCACAUGAGACAGGCCAUCCAGCAGAACCCCACUCUGCUACCAGCUCUACUCCAGCAACUAGGCCGAGAGAAUCCUCAACUUCUACAGCAAAUCAGUCAGCAUCAGGAGCUGUUCAUCCAGAUGUUGAACGAGCCAGUGGGAGAGGGAGGAGAUGCGCCAGAAGUUGGAGAGUUGGGGGCAGCAGGGGAGGAGGGCGCACCUGUCAACUAUAUCCAGGUUACACCUCAGGAGAAGGAAGCCAUCGAAAGGUUAAAAGCGUUGGGUUUCCCCGAGGCUCUGGUGAUCCAGGCCUACUUUGCCUGCGAGAAGAACGAGAACCUGGCCGCCAACUUUCUCCUCAACCAGGGACUGGAAGACGACUGAGCGGCGCUGCCUUCCUGCUCCUCCCUCCCUCCCUCCCUCCCCCUUCCCCUCUUCAGCUCAGCAUAAAAAGACUGCACCCUCCAAUUUUAUUGUACAGCUACCAACCUUGGCUCAACCCGACAGGAGGGGAGGAGAGGGAGAGCCA